CUUCAAGGUUCGUCGGCUCAAACUCUGUACUUGUGUUCUUCCCUCUUAGCCACCAGAUCCAUCAACUAAUCAGCCGAUUUGCCCUUGCUUUCUUCUAAAAACUUAAAUCACAAACCAUGGCCGAUCAAAAGGUGUAUUCCAACUUGGUGCCGUGGGAUGAAUUAAGCGGGAAGGUUGUGAUGGUGACCGGAGCGUCGUCUGGGAUUGGCCGAGAUUUUUGUAUAGACCUGGCAAAAGCCGGCUGCAAAAUCGUUGCAGCUGCGCGUCGGAUAGAUAGGCUCGUGUCUCUCUGCGAUGAGAUCAAUGGAAUCGCACGAGCUGGUGGUCCUGGAACGUCUAAUGACGUUGACCCUACCGAUAAUGUUGGAGCCGUAGCCCUGGAGCUUGAUGUCGCUGCUAAGGGUCCUGCCAUUGAAGCCUCCGUGAAAAGGGCGUGGGAUGCAUUUGGGCGGAUCGAUUGUUUGAUCAACAAUGCCGGAGUUAGAGGUAACGUGUGGAGUCCAUUGGAGUUGCCUGAAGAUGAAUGGGAUAGUACCAUGAGAACAAACUUGACCGGAACAUGGUUGGUGUCAAAGUACGUUGGUAGAUUCAUGCGUGAUGCGAACCAUGGAGGAUCAAUCAUCAAUAUCUCAUCUAUUUCUGGUCUUGAUCGUGGAGAUCUACCUGGAGGUCUCGCUUAUUCCUCUUCAAAGUCUGCUGUUGUCACAUUGUCCAAGGUAAUGGCUAUGGAAAUGGGUGCGUACAAGAUCAGGGUGAACUCCAUUAGUCCGGGCCUAUUUAAGUCUGAGAUCACGGGAAGUCUAAUGGAAAAAAAAUGGCUCAAAAAUGUGGCUCGAAGAUCCAUUCCUUUAAGAACAUUUGGCACUACCGAUCCAGCAUUGACGAGACUAGUAAGAUAUCUGAUCCAUGACUCGUCUGAGUACAUCAGUGGCAAUACAUUCAUCGUCGAUGCAGGUACCACUUUACCCGGUGUCCCCAUUUUCUCUUCGCUUUAGAUCCCAAAUGUUGUAAAAGACACCACACCCGGUGCCACCACGGCAGUAACAAUUUGAAGCAUAUUUUUGCAUGUUUUUCAUUUAGACUUUAAUCGUUAUAUGAUUGAGUUUAUAAAAAAUGACUUAUUAGUUUGUGAAGC